AUGGGGAGGCCGUCUGCUCUACGCAGAAGGUUGCCUCAGGUAUUCGCGGCCCUCUCAGCGACGCUGGGCGGCUUCUCGCUGGGCGCGGUGCUGGGAUGGAUGUCGCCGGCAACGAAGCCACUGACGCAAGAGGGCCUGUCCGACGAGACGGUGUCGUGGCUGGCGGGCGUGACGCCGCUGGGCGCCCUGGCGGCCAUGUUGGCGGCGGCCGUGCUGCUGGACCGCGUCGGCCGGCGGCGCGCGCUGCUGGCCACGGCGCCGCCCUUCGUCGCCGGCUGGCUGCUGCUCGCCUUCUGCCGGCACACCGCAGCACUGCUCGUCGGCCGCUUCGUCACCGGCUUCUGCGGCGGCGCCUUCUCCACCGCGGCGCCCGUCUACAUCGGGGAGAUCGCCGAGAACGACAUCCGCGGCGCUCUUGGCGUCUGCUACCAGCUCAUGCUCACUGGGGGUAUCCUGUACGUGUACGUGGUGGGCAAGUGGGCCCCGCUGGUGUGGCUGUCCGUGGUGUGCGCCAUCCCGCCCAUCGUCUUCUUCAUGAUGUUCUUCUUCGUGCCGGAGUCGCCCCUCUUCCUGCUGUCCAAGGAGAGACACGAGGAGGCCAUCCGAGCUCUGCACUGGUUCCGGGGCGGAGACGAGGCAGACAUCACUGACGAACUGCUCGAGACGGAGCAGGUGGUGACGGAGAUGCUGAAACGCUCCGGCUCGCUGCGGGACAUGUUCAGGUCGCGAGCUGCCGCUCGAGCCCUCGGCAUCGGUAUGGGUCUGCAGGUGGCGCAGCAGCUGUCCGGCGUUAUCAUCAUCAUCUUCUUCUCUGUGCCCAUCUUUGUGGCCGCUGGCAGCUCCAUGGACCCCAGCGACUGCGCCAUCGUUGUCGGCGCCGUGCAGGUGGGGUCGACGCUGCUGUCCACCCUGCUGGUGGAGCGCGCGGGUCGCCGCGUGUGGCUGGUGCUGUCGCUGUCUAGCAUGGGCACCUGCCUGGUUUUCCUGGGGAUCUACUUCCACUACCACGAGCACACUCACAUACCUGUGACUGGUAUCAGCUGGCUGCCGCUGCUCGCCAUGUGCACAUACCUGCUCACGUGCUCCCUGGGCAUCGGCCCACUGCCCUGGGCCAUGAUCGGCGAACUCUUCCCCGGAGAGAUCAAGGGUGUCGCCAGCUCCAUCUGUGGUGGCACCAACUGGAUCCUCUGCUUCAUCGUCUCCAAGACGUUUACCAACAUGGUGGACGCCUUCGGAACCGACGUCACUUUUUGGAUAUACGGAGGCAUCUGUUUUGGGGCCACUACUUGGGUCUUCUUCUUCGUCAUCGAGACUAGGAACAAGUCUCUCGCGCAGAUACAGAAGGAACUCGAGGGGGUAUCGUAA